AUGAACCAGAGAGACCUCGCUAAAACACUACAGACCAAGCUGGCCCCUUUGUAUGUGAAAAAGCACAAAUCCAGACUAAAGGAUGCCUUUCAACUAAUAAACGAAGGAAUAUCAAAGCAAGGAGACUCGCUUCUGAAUGAGAUCUACACAGAGCUUUACAUCACAGAGGGAGGGAGUGGAGAGGUCAACAAUGAGCAUGAAGUGAGACAGAUUGAGAAAACAUCAAGAAGACCAGAAAUGCCAAUCAAAUGCAAUGACAUCUUCAAAACCUUACCAGAACAAGACAAACCCAUCAGAACUGUGCUGACUAAAGGAGUGGCUGGAAUUGGAAAAACCAUCUCUGUGCAGAAGUUUAUCUUGGACUGGGCUGAAGGGAAAGAUAAUCAGGAUAUUCACUUCAUGUUUCCACUUCCAUUCAGAGAGCUGAAUUUGAUGAAGGAAAAAAAUAUAAGUCUGAUGGGGCUUCUGUAUCAAUUUUUUACAGAUACAGAAGGGCUGAGAUCAAAAGACUUUCAUGACUAUAAUGUCCUAUUCAUCUUUGAUGGUCUUGAUGAGUGUCGACUUCCUCUAAAUUUCCGAAACAAUCAGAGGUUGUGUGAUGUAACAGAAUCAGCCUCAGUGGACGUACUGCUGACCAACCUCAUCAUGGGGAAUCUGCUUCCUUCUGCUCUCCUCUGGAUCACCACUCGACCUGCCGCAGCCAGUCAGAUUCCUCCUGAGUGUUUCGACCAAAUCACAGAGGUUCGAGGCUUCAAUGACCCUCAGAAGGAUGAGUAUUUCAGGAAGAAGAUACAUAAUGACACUAUGGCCAAUAAAAUCAUCACACACAUCAAAUCAUCAAGGAGCCUCCACAUCAUGUGCCACAUCCCGGUGUUCUGCUGGAUUACAGCCACUGUACUAGAAGCAAUGCUACGUGAAUCAGAAAGUGGGAAGAUUCCCAAUACUCUCACUCAAAUGUUCACACGCUUCCUAUUCUUUCAGACAAAACUGAAGACCCAGAAGUAUGAAGGAAAAUGCGAUGUGGAUCUUCAGCAGACCAAAAAAAAUAUUCUCUUACUGGGCAAACUGGCUUUUGAACAGCUGGAAAAGGGGAACCUGAUCUUCUAUGAGGAAGACCUGAGAGAGUGUGGCAUUGAUGUCAGAGAAGCGUCUGUGUACUCAGGAGUUUGCACACAGAUCUUCAGAGAGGAGUUUGGGCUGCACUUGGGGAAAGUCUUCAGCUUUAUGCACCUGAGCAUUCAGGAGUUUCUUGCUGCUGUAUAUGUGUUUGUGUCAUUUGUCAACAAAAAUAUCUUCACUUCCAAGUCAAAAAUGGAGGAGUUUCUAAAGAGUGAGGUGGACAGGGCCUUACAGAGUGCAAAUGGACACCUGGACCUUUUCCUUCGUUUCCUUCUGGGUCUAUCACUGGAGUCUAAUCAAACAGUCUUUCGAAGCCUUCUGAAACAGCGAGGACAUCACUUUCAAAGUGGACAGGUCAUUGUUAAGUACAUUAAGAGGAAGAUUAGGCAAAAUCCCUCUUCAGAGAAAUCAAUCAAUCUGUUCUACUGUCUAAAUGAAUUAAAUGAUCAUUCUCUGGAGCAGGAAGUACAAAUAUUCCUGAAGAGAGGUAGAAGUGGUAUUUCCAACCUCUCUCCUGCUCAGUGGUCAGCUCUAGUUUUUAUGUUGCUAAACUCAGAAAAGGAAAUGAAUGAGUUUAAACUGAGUGUAUAUUAUCCAUCUGAAGAAUGUUUACUGAGGUUGCUGCCAGUGGUAACAGCAUCCAGGAUAGCCGAUCUGAGCAGAUGUCAUCUCAAAGAUGAAAGUUGUUCAGCUCUGGCCAAAGUUCUCAGCUCAUACUCAAGUCUGAGAGAACUGAACCUGAGUAACAAUAACCUGCCCGAGAGUGGAGUGAGGGUGCUUAGUGCUGGACUGGGAAGUUCAACCUGUCAUGUGGAGACAUUAAAGUUAUCUAAUUGCUGUAUUGGAGAUGUAGGUUGUGCUGCUCUGGCUACAGCUCUGAGAUCAAACCCCUCACACAUGAGGGAACUUAAUCUGAACAGAAACACACUGGGAGAUUCUGGAGCAAAGUUGCUUUCUGCUCUAAUUGAAGAUCCACAGUGUAAACUGGAGAAACUACAGCUGUCUCACUGCAGUAUUGGAGAGGAAGGUUGUGCUCUUCUGGUUUUAGCUCUGAAAUCAAACCCCUUACACCUGGAAGAACUCGAUCUGAGCUUUAAUAAACCAGGAGAUUCAGGAGUGAUGCUGCUGUCUGCUGUACUGAUGGAUCCACAGUGUAAACUGGAGAGACUACAGCUUUCCACCUGCGAUAUUAGAGAGAAAGGUUGCGCUGCUCUGGCUUCAGCUCUAAAAUCAAACCCUUCACACCUAAGAGAACUCAAUCUGAACUAUAAUAAACUAGAAGACUCAGGAGUGAAGCUGCUUUGUGCUGGACUGGUGGAUCAACACUGUAAACUGGAGAAACUAUGGUUGUCUAACUGCCAUAUUAGAAAGGAAGACUGUGCUUCUCUGGUCUCUGCUCUGAAAUCAAACCCCUCACACCUGAGAGAACUCAAUCUGAGCUAUAAUCUUCCAGGAGAUUCUGUAGUAAAGCAGCUCUGUGCUGUACUGGAGGAUCCACAGUGUAAACUUAAAAAACUACAACUGGAAUACUGCUGUAUUGGAGAUGAAGGUUGUGCUGCUCUGGCUACAGCUCUGAAAUCAAAACCCUCACACCUGAGAGAACUGAAUCUGAACAGGAACACACUGGGAGAUUCUGGAGCAAAGUUUCUUUCUACUCUACUUGAGGAUCCAAAGUGUAAACUGGAGAAACUGCAGUUAUCUAAUUGCUAUAUUAGAGAUGAAGGUUGUGCUGCUCUGGCUUCAGCCCUGAAAUCAAACCCUUCACACCUGAGAGAACUCCAUCUCAAUAAUAAUGAAUUAGGAGAUUCAGGAGUGAAACUACUCUCUGGUCUACUGGAGGAUCCACAAUAUAAACUAGAGGAGCUACAGUGA